CUGAGAAGCAGUCAGCAGUCGCUAGUCAGUUGCAGACUUGCAUUGGCACUCGCGGUCCGCGGAGCCUGUACUAAGUUCAUCGCCGACAACUCAAGUUACAAGAAAGAUGAGUGACGACCUCGAGAACUGGGCAUGUGCAGAGCUAGACAGCUUAGGCCUGCCUGAUGCCUCAACUAUCAUCCAGUAUCUGAAGCCUCUUGAAGAUCCUGAAGAGGUUGAGAGCUUUUUGAACUCGAUGCUAGACAUCACAGAAGAAAAACACUAUGAAUUCAUACAAGAGUUUUUGAACAGGCAGGCAGCUUCCAAGAUUGAUUCUAGGUUCUACAGGAAGAGUGAUAUUGAAGAAAGUAAACCUAUUAAUCAGGCUAAAAAGAAAAACAAGGAGAAGAACAAUAGCCAAGUGAAUAAUAAUGAUAAUCAAGGGAAUAACAAGAAAUCCAACAAAAAAAGUAAUGAGAAGGAAAAUCAAACUGAUAAAAAUAAAGAUACCAAAGUGCGUGAAGGUUCUCCUGCAGUUGGUGCAACUUCAGAAGCUACAAAAACUAGCGCUGGGGGUAACAAAAAGAAAGCUAAGUAUGUGAAUUUGUACACAUCUGACCAGGAGGUGGUUAUGCUCAGUGGGAGGCACAAGUGUGACUGCCUGGCAAGCAAACAUGGUCUCAUAAACAAUUGCUUGUUCUGUGGUCGCAUUGUGUGUGAACAAGAAGGAGCUGGGCCGUGUCUCUUUUGUGGGAAUGAAGUGCAGUCAAAUGCUGAAAAAGCAGCAGCAAAUAGUGGACCACUUGCUUUGGAGAAACCAUCUGCUGAUAAGAAGAACAAGACUAAAGUGACAGUAAAGAAUAUUGCUGAAGACAUUCAAAAGGCUGUUGAACACAAGAAUAAGCUCUUAGAAUAUGAUAGAACAAGUGAGAAACGCACAAAGGUCUAUGAUGACGAAUGUGACUAUUUCAACAGCAAUUCGCGAUGGCUCAGUAAAGGAGACAGGGAAAAAAUGCAAGCACUCGAAAACGAAAUGACAGCUAAGAAAUAUGAUCGUUCUGAAAAUAGAAUUACCAUUGAUUUACUUGGAAGAAAAAUAAUUACAGAUGAAACCAACCAUGCUGGAGUCUUUGACCCUGAUGACCCGGCUUUAAAAGCCAUGCUAGAACACCGCCCUGACGACAUCUAUGCCGCCAGUGAACGGUCUAAUGACAUCGUACCCGUAGAGCUGCCUCGUCCAGUGUACACAGAAUCAGAGACCGCGUUGCAGCGCAAGGAUGAACGGCAGAUGAGGUCUGCUCUAGCUCAGGUUAAUAAAAUGGACCGACUCCAAGACAGUGAACUGCAGGAGAUGAGUGACCAGGGCAAGUGUUUGUCCAUGCACCAACCGUGGGCUUCUCUACUCAUCGCGGGCAUCAAGAAACACGAAGGACGAUCGUGGUACUCACAUCACCGAGGCAGGCUUUGGAUCGCUUCCACGGCAAAGACUCCGACCAUGAAGGACAUAGAAUCACUUGAAAGCUUCUACCGCAUGCGAGAACAAAGCGACGAUUUGGUGUUCCCAUUGCACUAUCCUCCUGGUUGUUUACUUGGAUGUGUUGAUGUUACCAAUGUGUUAUCUCAAGAAGAAUAUCAGCAGGAGUACCCUGAUGGGGAAAGCGACAGUCCUUACGUAUUUAUCUGUAAAGAUCCUAAAGAGAUGAUUUUCAAAUUUUCUAUGAAAGGGCAACACAAAAUUUAUAAUCUUGACCCUAAAAUUCAUCAAGCUGCAAAAAAAGCACUUAAAUAGUUUGGCAGUAACUCUCUAGGAGCCAACGGAAAAUAAUUGAAAACGUGCGUAAUGAAAAGCUGAAUGUCCCAAUUUCUGAACUAGUCAUGCUUAAUUUUGUAUGGCUCACUACCAUAUGUGGAGUGUAAAUGAGACUUCCUUCAUUAUCGCACCAAUAGCUCCAGUGCUUAUGCAAUCACGCUUCCAUAGAACGCCUAACCUAACCUCACUGGACCGAAUGCUCAUGAGAAUACCCUUUACAGUUUGUUUUUGGAUUUUCUGUAUUUCACUAGACAUUUCGUUUGCACUUAUGUUUUGCUGAAGGUAACGCACUUGAUAUUGAGUUAGUUUUUUUAUUAACACAAAUAAUUAGGUAGUUUCAGUUCUACUUGUUGGUAGAUGCGUUUCUAUGUUGGAUAAUCGCCUCUGAACAUUGUGAUUAAACAAGAUUUAUUAAA